UCCUGAGCCAACUAUAGUUAUGGAAUCAGUCGUGGAAGAGCCAUUUAAUGACAAACUGAGAAACCGCAGCACUCCUGAAUUCAAAGCACUUGAAGAGAAAGUUGUAUUAAUAUUUGAGUUCAUCUUCAGGAAGAGAUUUGGGGAAUUUUUCCUCCGUAUCAUUGUUUUGCGUUUUAGCCCUGCCAGCCCUGCCAGAGCACGAAGACAAGCACGAGCGGCCGUGAACACUGAAGCAGAGAUUGAGGCUGUGUUCAAUAAAACUGCUUCUACCCAAGAACUACCGCAGGCGAGUGAAGUUACAGAGGUCGUGAGACAAGACGUGGCUAACAAAAACAUCACUUCACAGUUUAAUAUCAGUGUGGAUGCCAACUCCAUCACAGUAACAAAGGAUAUAAACACCACAGCAAAUGCAACUACACCUGCUGCACCUACACCUGUAGCUAAUGCAACUACACCCGUAGCUAAUGCAACUACACCUGUAGCUACUAAUGCAACUACACCUGCUGCACCUACACCCGUAGCUAAUGCAACUACACCUGUAGCUACUAAUGCAACUACACCUGCUGCACCUACACCCGUAGCUAAUGCAACUACACCUGUAGCUACUAAUGCAACUACACCUGCUGCACCUACACCCGUAGCUAAUGCAACUACACCUGUAGCUACUAAUGCAACUACACCUGCUGCACCUACCCCCGUAGCUAAUGCAACUACGCCUGUAGCUACUAAUGCAACUACACCUGCUGCACCUACACCUGUAGCUAAUGCAACUACGCCUGUAGCUACUAAUGCAACUACACCUGCUGCACCUACACCUGUAGCUAAUGCAACUACACCUGUAGCUACUAAUGCAACUACACCUGCUGCACCUACACCCGUAGCUAAUGCAACUACACCUGUAGCUACUAAUGCAACUACACCUGCUGCAGCUACACCCGUAGCUAAUGCAACUACACCUGUAGCUACUAAUGCAACUACACCUGCUGCACCUACACCCGUAGCUAAUGCAACUACGCCUGUAGCUACUAAUGCAACUACACCUGCUGCACCUACACCUGUAGCUAAUGCAACUACGCCUGUAGCUACUAAUGCAACUACACCUGCUGCACCUACACCUGUAGCUAAUGCAACUACACCUGUAGCUACUAAUGCAACUACACCUGCUGCAGCUACACCCGUAGCUAAUGCAACUACACCUGUAGCUACUAAUGCAACUACAGCUGCAGCAACUACAGCUGCCGCAGCCACAGCUGCUACUGGACCAACAACCACUGGGCCAACAACAACUGCUGGGCCAACAACUGCUAAGCCAACUACAAUUGCAACAACCACAGAAGCUCCUGAGCCAACUAUAGUUAUGGAAUCAGUCGUGAAAGAGCCAUUCCAAGAAGAGCUGAGAAACCGCGAAUCUCCUGAAUUCAAAGCACUUGCAAAGAAAGUUGUAUCAAUAUUUGAGUUCAUCUUCAGGAAGAGAUUUGGGGAAUUUUUCCUCCGUAUCAUUGUUUUGCGUUUUAGCCCUGCCAGCCCUGCCAGAGCACGAAGACAAGCACGAACGACCGUGGACACUGAAGCAGAAGUUGAGGCUGUGUUCAAUAGAAGUGCUUCCGUCCAAGAACUACCGCAGGCGAGUGAAGUUACAGAGGUCGUGAGACAAGACGUGGCUAACACCAGCAUCACUUCACAGUUUAAUAUCAGUUUGGAUGCCAGCUCCAUCACAGUAACAAAGGAUAUAAACACCACAGCAAAUGCAACUACACCUGCUGCACCUACACCUGUAGCUAAUGCAACUACACCUGUAGCUACUAAUGCAACUACACCUGUAGCUACUAAUGCAACUACACCUGUAGCUAAUGCAACUACACCUGUAGCUACUAAUGCAACUACAGCUGCCGCAACCACACCUGCUACAACAACAGAAGCACUCAUUGUGAAGCGACUGUCUUUCAAAACUGAUGAGACGUUUACGAGUGACCUGCUGGAUACAUCAUCGACAGCGUUUACAGAUCGAGCUACCCUGCUGAAAACACAGCUUGAGCCCUUCUACAAGGCAGCCUUUACCGCCUUCAGGUUCUUGACUGCUCAAUCGUUCAGUAAUGGAUCAAUUGUCAACAACGUGGCUCUUUCUUUCGGGGGAAGUGCUCCUAACGCUUCUGCAGUUGGAGAAGUCUUGGUCAAUGCAGCUUCGAACAUCACAGCCUUCAAAAUUGACACCAGUUCCAUCACUGUGGAUGGCACAUCGGUUUCCAGUGGAGUAAGCCACAAGAUCAGUCUCCUCACCGCAUCCCUCCUCGUGGUGUUGUCAUGGAUACUGUCAAACCAGCAAUAGCUUCAGUGCUGAUGUCCAUGUGACAUGUUAAAGGGGCAAUGGCCACCAUCACUGGUAUGACAAAGGACUUUGUUGUUAUUAUAAAUCUGAGAUUUGAAAAAUGUCAAUGGCCCGAAAAUGGCUAUCAAUGAUAAUGGAACAGGCAGAUUUAGAAGAUGGCCUCCAGGUUUGAAUUCAGUCACUGUGCAUCUGUGCAGAUGAGGGCAUACACCUUGGAACGCUAUUCAGAAAUCAUUUAUCUCAUGUUGCUCUUGUGGAUGUAUCAGAAGGAUAGAAUGAGGACAAGUCAAGAUGCUGACAAUUUUAGACACAUGGUCCACUGGAGAAAAAGACAGUCCACUAGAAAUAACAGUCCAUGAAUAUUAUAAUACAAAUUAGAGCAUUUGAACUCAGGAUAUUGAGACAGUCAAAAGAAUUGCACUGAGUACAGUUUACCCUAUUGAAGAGUGCUACAGGAUUACUUGUCCGACUGCAAAUUCAUAUUAGAGGAUUUGUUAUUUGUGCACAGCAAGGCCUAAAUAAUUUUUUUACAUUAUGGAAUUCUUUUUAACCAACAGGUAAAAACAGACUACUCUGGAAUCACUAUCUCAAAUUCAUAAAUGCAUUUGUAGCUCAUGUGGAAUUGUGCAGGUCUAGUUACUUUUUGUUUAACUAUAGACCACAUUUGUCUAUCAGAUGGUUAAUUCAUACAUUACCCACCAUCUGAAUUAGAGCCUCAAUCCCGAGUUCUGUUGUGUGCAGGAACUUUCAGAUGCAGUCACAAAGAUCCUUGGAGAGUUUAUCUUGGACAUAGAAGUGUGUAUUUUAAAACACGCAAACCUCAAAGCUACUCAAAAUGCACUAACUCAAGUUAUUCUGCUAUUAAAAACGUGUUAUUGUUUAUAGACUCUCAAAAUGUACGUGAUAUUCAUGUUUUAGUCCUAGUAGAGGCUCGUUGAAGGAAAACAUGCAGCCAAUCAUGGGCUCAUAGUGUAUCAGCUCGGGCAAACACUGCAAUGAUGGACAGAAGGUUAAAGGACUGUACAGGUUGCAUAAAACAAAGAUAGAUAGACAGAUAGAUAGGUGGACCACAAUCACACUGGCUGUGAAGAAUACUGUGUGCAUACAUGAAUGUCCUUAUAGAUGAUAGGUGAGAACAUGUGCGCAAUCCUGAUAUCAGAUAUGUCAAAAGUUAUAUGGUAACCAUGAAAUGUACUAUGAUACCAAAACAAGGUCCUGUAUGAUUAUCCAGUCAGUUUUUGUUUUGUUUUGUUUUUUUAAAUUUUAUAUAGGUAUUUAUAUUACUGUGUGUGUUCUCUGCCAAGUUACUUGUAACGAUUUCCUGGUGAUCAGAAUACAAAACUAUUAAAAAAAAAAAAAAAAAAAAAAAGGUCUACAGUAUUUUUAGGGGGGUUGAGGACAACCACACUGGGAUGUAGGAUAUUAACGGACAAAUGUUUGAAUGAAAAAACAAAAAUCCUUAAUUGUAUGCGUUAAUGAUGUAUACUACAAACUAGUGCCGAGUGUGAAUCAAGUUUAUUCAGUUGCACAAUUUGCACAGUUUGUAAAUAUGAAUAUAGCGCAGUAGUGCUCUUGCUAGCUCAUACACACACGUAAUAAUAAAUAUGUUGAAUCAAGGCAUUCAUGUCCCUACAUUAUUUUAGCUAUGUUCCUAAUGAGUCGGUGGCAUAUUUAUUGUGUCAAUAAAGGCUUUUGUGUUGAACAUAACAUUUUAGUUUAAUGUCUAUUGUAAGAUCUUACAGACAAAGGUGUAAAGUAAAAUGAACAUGGAUGGUCUUUCUCUCUUUUAAUCAUGAAAUCA